UCAAGUGCUAGUUCUUAUUCUAGCGAGAACGAAGAGCCAAUCACUAUGGCUCAAGAAACAAGAACGUUGAGGGAGCUCACGGCUCCUAACUUAAACCAACAACCUCUAUGUAUCACCUUCCCCACUCUUGAUGAAGGUGCUACAUUUGAGCUCAAAUCGGUCCUCAUUCAUCUACUCCCUUCAUUUCAUGGCCUAAGGGGCGAGGAUGCAAACAAACAUCUUGCGGAGUUUCAUAUAGUUUGCACUAGUAUGAAACCAAAUAAUGUUACGGAAGAACAGAUCAAGCUGAGGGCCUUUCCAUUCUCACUGAAGGACACGGCUAAGGAUUGGCUAUUCUAUCUUCCCUCGGGAAGCAUAGAGACAUGGCCAACAAUGAAAAAAUGCUUCCUAGAAAGGUACUACCCCGCCUCCAUCUCAUCAUCUUUGAAAAAACAAAUAAGUAACAUUGAUCAAAAAGAUGAUGAGACCUUAUAUGAAUAUUGGGAACGGUUCAAAAAGUUAUGUGCUAGCUGCCCUUAUCAUGGCUACACCGCGCAAGACCUCAUACUCUACUUUUACGAUGGUCUUGUUGAUGAUGAUAGAACAAUGGUGAAUGGCGCUUGUGGGGGUGGCAUUGUCAACAAAACCCCCUCACAAGCGACAAACUUGAUCUCGGAGUUGGCCGAAAAUUCUAGGCAUUAUAACGGGCGGUCCUCAAUCCGAAAAGUUGCCGCGGCGGAAUCAUCUUCAUCUUUGGAAAGUCAAAUGGCCGGCUUGACUUCUUUGGUUAAGGAUUUUCUCUUAAAUCCUAGAACCCAAGAGGUCAAGGUCUGCGGCAUAUGCACACAGCAAGGGCACCCAACCGAUUCUUGCCCAAAUCUCCAAGAAGAGCAAGUCAAUGCUUUGGGUUUUCAAUCUCAUCAACAAAAGAGGUACGAUCCACACUCUAACACUUACAACCCCGGGUGGAGAGAUCACCCGAAUUUGAGAUAUGGGAACCCUCAACCACAACAAAAUCAGCCCUUUCAACAAUCCUUCCCAAAUCACCAAGGCCAAACCUCAAGCUCAAAUAUGUCCACCGAAGACAUGAUCCGAGCACUUGCUACAAAUAUGUCAACGAUGCAACAAAGUGUGGCUCAAUUCCAAGAAACGACGAAAUCCAGCAUCCAAAACUUGCAAAAUCAAAUGAGCCAGAUCUCAAUUGUAGUGAGCCGACUUGAGGCAAAAGAUUCGGGUAAACUCCCAUCUCAAACGGAGCAAAACCCGAGACAACAUGUUAAUGCAAUCAUGUUGAAGGAUGAAACAACAUAGAAAGAGUUGCAUGAGGACGAAAAACAAGCUCAAAAUGGGGUUGAUCCUGGAGAAGAUUUUCAACCAAACGAGGAGGAACCAACAAAAACUAAAUUCCCCUCACUUUCAUCAUAUGAACCACUCCCUCCAUUCCCGGAGGCAUUGAAGACCACAAGGAAACUGAAGAAUGAUCGGGACAUCUACGAGACCUUCGCCGAUUCUGAGGUAAACAUCCCACUCUUCAAACUGAUUAAAAGUGUUCCCUGUUAUGCAAAGUUCUUAAAGGAACUAUGCACAAUGAAAAAGAAAAAUAAACUGGAAGGGAAACAAAAAGUUGAGGUAAGUGAACGUGUCUCGGCCAUUUUUCAAAAGAAACUUCCCAAAAAAUGUAGCGACCCAGGCAUGUUCACCAUUCCUUGCAAAAUAGGGGACACCAAUUUUUCUAAGGUCUUGUUGGAUUUAGGAGCAUCAAUAAAUGUCAUUCCUUAUUCCUUGUAUAAAUUCUUAAAACUCGGCCCACUACAUCAAACUGGUGUAGUGAUUCAACUGGCGGAUCGGUCUAAUACUUACCCGAAGGGUGUAGUAGAAGAUGUGCUAGUAGAAGUAGAAAAUUUGAUUUUCCCUGUUGAUUUUUAUGUUCUGGAAAUGGGAGAUGAUAACCAAACUACACCAAUUCUUUUGGCAAGACCCUUCUUGAAAACCGCUAAAACAAAAAUUGAUAUGUCUAGUGGUUCAUUAACAAUAGAAUUUGAUGAUCAAAAAGUAGAAUUCAACAUCUUUGAUUCUACCGAAAAACAAAUUAAAGAUCAAUCUAUUUGUUCUUUAAAUGUUUUUGAACCACCACCAGCACUAAAUAUUUUUGUUAGAGAGGAAACUGAAAAAUUCUCAAUUUUUAAUGAAAUAAAAAUUGAGCCAAAAAAAUCUAUUUUGAAAGCAGAAGAACUUAAAAAGUCGCCUCAGUGCGAGUUAGAACCACCAACACGUGAGGUGGUAACGAAGAAGAAAAUUCGGCCUUACUGGAAAAGGUCGAAGAAGGAAGCUGAAACAUGGCCAAACAUGGCCUUUGAAAAUCAAAUGAGGGAUGCUCACGAUCCCACUUAAAAUGAAAAGAAAAAAAAAUAAAACGUCGUGCCACGACGUUAAAUAAGGCGCUUCUUGGGAGGCAACCCAAGUCAAGUAGUUAGAUUUUAUUUUCUUUUUUGUGAAUUUGAGAGAAAAGGGAGAGAGGGAACUAACCACAUGUUUUUUUUUGGAGAAGAAAAGAAAAAAAUGCAGGGUUUGUGUAGCUGGAGAAAUACUCGAUCGGGUACAAAUACAUACCCGGUUGAGUACAGAUUAAAAAGAGAAACCGAGUUCAAAUACUCGAUCGAAUCAGCAAGAUUUUCAAAGAUACAGGUAUACUAGAUCAGGUACAAAUACAUACCCGGUCGAGUAUUGUCAAAGAGGCGAAACCGGAAGAAACCUGCUUCCCAGACUCGAUCGAGUACCAGGCCCUAAAUAUGCAAAAGGAGCAACACCCGAUCGGGUAUUUACCCUUACUCGAUCGGGUAAGGCUGGAAAAACGAAAAUAAAAUACCCCUGCCUCCGAGACCCGAUCUAGUACACUUCUAUACUCGAUCGGGUAUCACUGGAAAAACAACUUCCCACAGUCCCUGCUUCCCAGACCCGAUCGAGUACCAGGCUCGAAAUGAGGUAAAAGAGCAAUACCCGAUCGGGUAUAGCAGGGUACUCGAUUGGGUAUACCUGCGAUUUAACCCCAAAUCACACCCCAAAACACUUCAUCUUCUCCAAACACCCUACCCAACCUCGAACUAAACUCCCCCAAACUCCAUUUUUCUACUUUCUCUCUACCAUAUCUCUCUCAUUCCUCCACCAAAUCAUCUCAUUCCACCACCAAAAUACUCCCCUCACUCUCCUCUACAUAUCUAUACCCACAAAUCCCUUUUUCCCCAAAUCUCCACAAAAACCAAAAACCCUACCCCUCAUUCGGAUUUUUGAUCUUCAAAGCUCAAAAACACCAACAAUGGCUCCAAGAAAGAAUAGGGGAGAGAGCUCAAACGCCAUGGCACCCAUCCCGGGCUACGAGGACUUUCACUUCACCGAUACCGAACAACGGGCCCGAAUCCUCGCUACAAUUUCAAGGCAAGUCAAACCCUCUCGUUUUCUUUGCCAUAAAGCCCUUCGUGAUUUAGGCAUCCUUAAGAGCACUAGAAAAUUCUUUCAUGAGUUGAAUAUGGACCUUAUUUUCAAUAUGAAAUACAAUUCAAAUGAAAGAAUUAUCUAUGAGUUCAUAAGUUCGGCUAGUUUUGAGAGCAACGAGGAUGAUCUUAGGGAUGAUACACUCUCGUUUCGUUUGCUUAACCAAGAAUAUUCAAUAACGAAACUUGAGUUUGCCGAACAUUUUGGCAUUCUCGUCCCCUACGAGAGAGAGAUUUCGGACAACACCGUGAUAGGUCAUGCACUUUGGACCAAAAUGACCGGAGAGGUGAACUUUAGCUCCUCCCAACUGUUCACCAUCCAAUUCUAAGGAUAUUUUUAAAAUUUUUGGCUAAUUGUAUACUUGGGCGCCCCAACAACCAUCACACUAGGAUGGGGGACGUGUGUUUGCGGUUUUAUUCCGUCGUGCUGUGGAUUUUAAUCUGUGUAAUUUGAUGUGGGCACACCUCAAGAAAGAAACCUUUGCUAAAGGCCCAAUUGUAUUGGGUGGGGUGAUUAUGCACUUGGCAACAAAGUUAGGGUAUACGGACAACUCUCCUAUACCCGACUAUUGUUUGAUGAACAUCUCUUGGUUAGGCAACUCGGGUUGUGCUACUUUUUCUCACACGGUGUAUGGGGAAGACCAACCCCGACAUGUAUAUAAUUGGCUCAUACACCCUAAACCUGUAAGACAUUACCCCUUGCCUAACCCGGACCUCCCCAAACUCCAUUACAAUAGAGAUGUGCCCCAUUACUAGUUCCCACACCUUCUCCCACCACACCUACAAGAACCUCAAGCCCAAAACCCCCCCGAAAACCAACCCGACCAAGAACCUCAAGCCGAGAAACAUGAACCCAAGGCCAUACUUCACCAUAUUCCCGAACAGAACCAAGUCCCCCCACCACCCGAUUACUUCCAACAACUACUUGAUGGGUUCAACAAAGUGACCAAUGAAGUUGGAAAGUAUCGGGAGGAACAACAAACAUGAUUUCAAAGACUUGAGGAGCAACGGGCCGAAGACAACCGAAGGUACGAAGAAGAUCAACGUAGGUUCUAUGGACCUAUGUACUCUUACAUGGCCCAUCAAGGCUCUUUUCACACUAUGGCUCAACCACCCCCACCCCCAUCUUGGUAUGACCCCACUCAAUGGGGUAACUUUGGAGGAUCUAGCUCCAGGGGUGGAGGUUAUGAUGGCGGGGACGGAGGAGAUGCUCACAUGGGCAACGGGAGCUUUGGAGGCGGUUUUGGAAGCGGCUUUGGAGGCAGCUACUAUGGCGGCGAAGGUGGGCACUAGGGACAGUGCUUGAACUAAGUGUGGGGGAGGAGACUCGUCAUGGAACUCAUUUGAUCUCUUGGGAGAAAGAGGAGAAGAAAAAGAAGAGAAGAAGAAGAAGAAAAAGAGGCAAGAAGAUGGAGCAAUAGAAGAUCAUAAAACCCAAGAAAGAAUGUUGUGUGUAAAAUCAUUUUUGGUGAUCUUAGUUCCUUUCUUUCUUGAACUCAUGGAAAGAUCUUAAACUGUAUGAAACAUCUUACUUUACUCGAGGGCAAGUAAAGAACUAUGUGAGGGGGAGUUGAUACGCGUGUAAUUUCCAUGUGUAUGUUUACGUUUUUAGUAAGUUUUGGUUGUUUAAUAUUUCGGAAAUUACACACUUUUGGUGUAAUAGUUAUGUUUGUAAUUUAGAUGUAAUUCAUUUAGAUUAGGAUCAUUCUGAGCUUAAACAGGUCUACUAUCACUCAAAGGACAGUUGGUGAACCCCAAAAGUGGAAGGAAGGUGCAAAAUCACAAGACAAAGGGAAGAUCCUGAUUUUUUGGUCUAUACCCGGUCGAGUAUCACCUAUAGAUCGGGUAUCUUGUUCAAAUUUCAAAUCGGAUCGGAUCCGAAAACAAAGGAACAUGCGGGGAAGAUUUUGACCACGAUCGAGUGUCUAUACCCGAUCAGGUACACCGACAUACUCGAUCGGGUAUGGCUCUAAAUUUUACUCUGAUUUCGAUCGAGUAUGGGUCGAAUUCAGGUUUUUACACAUACUCGAUCGAGUACAUAUAUAUACUCGAUCGAGUACCCGACCUGCACCCCAAAAAAGCCUAUAAAUACACCCCCUUUCCUUCACAAUUAGAUACCAAUUCACAUAUACUCUUUAGCUCAGUUUAGAUUAAUGUUUUCUUUAUAUUUUCC